AUGAUGUCUUCAAUAAAUAAAACUGAACAUCAACAAAAUGAAUCUGUGUCGUCCGAUGAUGAAGAGAAUUUCCUUGAUGACGAACAAGAUGAAGAACAAAUCAAUGUACUUGAACAAGUACAAGGAUUGUUUUCAUCAGAUGUUUUUCCCAAUGUUGUGGAUAUGUUCCGAGCAUAUCAAUCGCAGUUUGAUCUGAUAGAUUUUCUUAAAAAACAUCAGAUUCAUUCGCAAUACGAUUACAUUCGAUUGAUUAAUUAUAUUCGUUCGGAAAAGCCUUCGGUUGAGACUUUGAAACAAUUGAAAUCAUCGUCAUCACCGCCUUGGACAGAUGAAAAAUACUUCGAAACAGUGAUUGAUAAUGAUCCAGCAUUACAGUUUGAUAUUGAAGAAGAUUUGAAUCAACUCGGUGAUUUAAGUAUAACAACUAAUGGACAUGAUCAUGAUGAAUUGAAACAAGCAAAAGAAAGAAUCCGACAGUUGGAAGAUAUGGUUGAAACAUUGAAAUCGAUGACAUCUCGAUUCUUGGAUGAUCAAUCUUCCAAAGUGACAACAAGUGUUAAAACGAAAAAUCAAGACGACGUGCAAGAUGAAGGUUAUUUUGCCACAUAUAAUCAUUACGAUAUUCACAAAGAAAUGCUUCAGGAUACCGUUCGUACGGAGAGUUAUCUAGAAUGUAUCAAAUCGAAUGUUGACGUGUUUCGAAAUAAAGUUGUCUUGGAUGUUGGAUGUGGAACAGGAAUACUCUCGAUGGCAUGUCUUAAAUAUGGACAAGCGAAAAUGGUUAUUGCUGUUGAUAUGUCAGAUAUGAUUUAUGAUGCUAUGGCUAUUGCAAAAGAGAAUAAUAUGGAUGAAUCGAAACUCGUUUUCAUUCAUGGCAGAAUCGAAGAUGUGACUUUACCCGUUGAGAAAGUUGAUAUCAUCAUUUCUGAGUGGAUGGGUUAUUUUCUUUUGUUUGAAUGUAUGUUGGAAUCGAUCAUCUUUGCUCGAAAUCAAUAUUUAGACAAAGAAAAUGGUUUAGUUUUACCCGAUGAUUUUUCGAUAAAUAUGUCCGCGUUUCAUUCCGAUCGUCUCUAUCACGAACAUGUUGAUUAUUGGUCGAAUGUUUAUGGUUUCGAAAUGAAUACGAUCACGAAAAAUAUUCUUGCCGAUGGACAUGUCAUGAUCGUCCCAGCUGAAGACAUAGUCACCAGUGAUUGCUGUAUCAAAAAUUUGGAUGUUUAUACAUGUUCAAAUGAUGAUAUCGGUUUUACACAUCCAUUUACACUUCAAGUACUGAAAUCCGGUUCCAUAUCAGGUUUUGUAUGUCAUUUCGAUGUGAAUUUUUCCAAGAAUCUUAUUGAAAAGGUUCAUUUUUCGACUUCGCCUCGAUCUCCGAGCACUCAUUGGAAACAAACCGUAUUCUUUCUUCCACGUCUAUACAGCGUUCAAGAAGGUGAAGAUAUUCAAGGUAAACUGGUCUGUCAACGGCAUCCACAUGAAAAACAAUAA